AUGCGUUACGAAUUCCUGAUCGCGGCAUUGCCCAUCGCCCUCGCGGCCCCAACUGUCCAACCUCGUGCUCCCGUCAUCCUUCCACGUGCAGGAUCAGCAAUUCCAGGAAAGUGGAUCGUCAAGGUGAGGGAUGGCGCAGCUGGUACCGUGCUGGACCAGGCUCUUGCAACCUUGAAGAAGGACCCCGACCACGUCUUUGGCUUUGGCAAGUUCAAAGGCUUCUCUGGCCAGUUGUCCGACUCGACCGUCAGCGUUAUUUCGCUCAUCCCGGGUAUUGAAUACAUCGAGCAAGAUGCCAUUGUGACAGCCUACCUCGGCGAGGUGGAAAAGCGUGCAUACGUUACCCAGAGCUCCUCAACCUGGGGUCUCGGUCGUAUUUCCCAUGUCAAUAAGGGAAUCUCUUCCUACACCUACGAUGACAGUGCAGGUUCUGAUACCUGCUCUUAUGUGAUUGACACUGGUAUUUAUACCGCACAUCCUGAAUUCGAAGGCCGCGCAACUCAUCUUGCCAACUAUGCUGGUGAUGGCUCGACUGCUGAUGGCAACGGCCAUGGAACCCACGUUGCUGGUACCAUUGGUUCCAAGACAUACGGCGUCGCUAAGAAGACCAAGCUAUUCGCUGUGAAGGUUCUCGACAGCGCUGGAUCUGGCAGCAACUCUGGUGUGAUUGCUGGCAUCAACUUUGCUGCCAACGACCAGAAGACCCGAGCAGGCUGCUCUAAGGGUUCUGUUGCCAAUUUGUCUCUCGGUGGAAGCAAAUCUGCCACUGUCAACUCCGCUGCCGCCAAUGCUGUCUCUGCUGGCCUUUUCCUCGCUGUUGCCGCCGGAAACGACAAUGCCAACGCUGCCAACUACUCUCCUGCAUCGGAGCCCACGGCUUUCACCGUUGGUGCUACCGAUUCUAAUGAUGCCAGGGCCUCGUUCUCCAACUAUGGCGCAGUCGUUGACAUCUUCGCACCUGGUGUCUCUAUCCUUUCCACAUGGAGGAACGGUGGCACUAACUCUAUCUCCGGAACCUCAAUGGCCACUCCUCAUGUUGCUGGCCUUGGUGCUUACAUCUUGUCUCUUGAGGGCAAGAAGACCCCAGCUGCUCUCGGCUCCCGGCUCGUUGCCCUUGCCAAUAAGAACAAGAUCACUGGUCUCCCCAGCGGUACUGUCAAUGCGCUUGCGUUCAACGGGUAUGUUAUCUCCUACUCUUCCGUCUCUUGAAACCAAUACUAAUGAAUGGACAGCAACCCUUCUGGUUGAGUUAGUAUAUAAACACUCUGGUGAAAUAUGGGAACAGGUUACUAGAGCUUGAUGCGCUCUACAAACUCCCAAAGAGGUGGGAUAAUCAUUGGCAUUUGCUACUGCCUUUUUAUUCAAUCCCUGGAAUGCAUGCAUCGUUGGAGCUUCCUUUCUUUCUUACGAAUGGUAGUGUUAGUUUAUGAAGUUACCUCAAAUCUCUGCUAUAUUCGCAGCUCAUGUCGGAAGAUACAUUCACCCAAUAGCAGUUCAUGUGAUCUUGUUGAACGAGAGGCAAUAAACGCACCCCUCUCCUUGAGCAUAGGCUGACACGUCCUUGUACUAAUCUUUCAUGGUUUGAACAAUAUUGUACGAGUCAAACACAUACUUGUUGAGAGAGCCCCACACUGGGCCGCUCCAGGCUUGUGAAUUCCAGAGGAU